AUGGUCCACAAAUCCGUUAAAUCAAGAGUAAGAGAACUCGGAACCUCGGAUGAGGGGUUGCAUGUUCUCCGAGCAGCGCUGGGACUGGAGGGAGACUGGACUGGACCCAAUCGUCCCAUCCUGCUGGCCAUUGAUUUUGAACAUACCAAAAACUUCGUGACUGGAUUUAUUCACGGCGAAGAAGGCCAAGUCGGCCUCGCGACUCUCGACACGGAGGAGUUGCAUACAACCCUGCCAGAAGAGCUGAUAUCGACGCACAACUUGAUCUUGGGGCCUUCCGACUACACAUCCAAGGUGUCAGGCAAUGUUCUCUUCGGAACAAAGGCAAUCAUAGAACCAGCCCAAGUCUUAAAGGAGAUCCAGAGCCUCAUCCCCAGGGAUCGGGACAUCAUACUGAUGGGACACGGUGUGCAUACAGAACUCGACAUACUGGUGAGGCUGGGCUUCACCUUCUCCCCACGCAUCACUAUUAUUGAUACGCUUGAAGUUGCCAAAAAGGCCGUCAAGUGUCACAAAUAUGAACUCAAGGUGGUGUUGAGAACACUUUGCUGCCCGCACGUUAAAGUACAUACCGCUGGAAAUGAUGCCAAUUUCACGCUGAGGGCCGCGUUGCUACUGGUGGCCCACAAAUUUACCAACCAACACCAUCCCACGAUCGACAUCUUGAGAAGCGUUGCGAUGGAACCGCUCGCUCCCCUGAUAGAGGCUGAAGCCAGGGCAGCAAGGAGACUGGAGAAAAAGAUUGCAGACCUAAACAGGGGCAAGGACCAAGCCCGGUCUCGGACCCCUGGGCAGAUAGCUGAGCUUCGUGCCCAACGUGCGGCCAAGAAGGCUGAACCAGAGGUGGAUGCCUGGAAUACUUCAUACCGCCGUCUGAGGAGAGCGGAGGCGAUGAACAUGUAG